ACAAGGGGAAGAAUUAAUUAAUCGAUAUUUCUUACAAUAAUUGAACAAGUAGGCAUACAAUGAAUUAAAUAGUUUUGGCUUCUCAUGAGAUAAUAUCUGGCAUGCGCAUGCGCAAUUCAAGGUUAAUUUGGGCGAGGUCUUUGCGUCAUUAGAAGAAAACGUUUGUUAUUUAUUUUCGCCGACGUUGAUUCGGCUUUGAAAGUGUUCAAAAUGUCUGCUAACGGCGGUGAUUCCGAAACUGCAAUGCAGAAAUUCGAAUUAUAUAUCAAAGUAAGUAAAGUAUAUGUUUAGGAUUUUGAACUUUACCGCAUUUAGAUACAUGCAUUCCAUUGAUAAUGUACUUAAUUUCUGAUUACGGAAGUUGAUGGAGGGCAGGGCUGAAAAAUAAUUAAAAGAAUUAUUUACUUUUUAAAAUGAAUGUUUUACUACAUUUUUCCUCCCAACAGCAUUAAGACUAACCACUGAAAAUGACAUCAUAAUUCAGUUUUAUUCUCCGUUGGCAGUUUGAGCAGUAUCGCUCAAAUUGUAUAAUAUUGCAAGAAUUGAGUUUAGGCCCUGCCCUAGGCUUGUACUCCGACUAGGCAACUUGGUGACUCAGGCUGACAUAAUUUAAUUUGGCAUUAUAAGGGGUUGUUGAAUGGACAUGUACAUUUUGUCCACUGGCAUAUAAGCUUUUCAGUGAAUACAAAUUUGGGGCCAGAAUUAAUUAUGGAAUAUGGCUAGGGGUGCUGAUUGUAGGUAAAGAUUGGGUUAGUGGUAGGGUUUCUCUCCCAGGAUAUACUAGUCCCAAUUUUCCCAAUCCUGGUAACACUUUUAGUUUUAGAAUAGAAUUUUCUUGUUUUUUUUUUAAUUUCAGCAAGUGACAGAUUAUCAUAAAUUGGCUCUAGAAGCCAUGACCUGUAAAAUUUAAUUAACUGCACUAAAUUAAUAUUUCUAGUACUUAAGUUCUCAAGCUUUUUGAAGUGACAACCAUAAUCACUUAAAUUAAUUACCACUAUACAUUGGAAAAAUGGGUUUUUAAAAGGGUAAAUUCUUAGAAAGGAAAAAUUCUAGAACAUAAUUAUCCAGUAUAAUAUAGACUAAUUGCUGAUUUCAGGAUUGAAAAUGUUGCUCAAACUUUAAAACAUAAAUUUAAAAAAGAAAACUAUUAAAAAUCACUAUUUUUCUUAAGUGUAUUGCAGACAUGUUUACUCAUUCAUUUUUGCCAUAGUAACCUACUUUUAAUUUUUCAAGCGAAGACUACAACACGAUGACAAGACUAUAUAAAUUAAGACUACAACACGAUGACAAGACUAUAAAAAUUAAGGUUUAGGAAAUUUUUUAAAUUGCUAUUUUUAUUUUAAAAAUUAGCGGACCAAAAAAAAAAAAAGCAUCCGAAUAAGACAGUCAGUCAUUGGCCUUUACAGCCUCGAUGCAGUCUCAAUGUGACAACCAGAUUCUUUUAUUUUAGAUGACACAGUUAUGGUCAAUACUUAUUACAACGUUACAAUACCCUCAGCUGCCAAUUAACUCAUUCCCAACUGCAGUGCUACAUUUUUUAUACUGGGAAAGGGAAGUAACUCAGUUUUGCAAUUGAUGUCUAAUUUUUAUCUGCUCUGCACACUGCAGUAUGCUUGAUAAUUUUAGACCUGCAGUCUGGCUAAAUCUGGCUAUUAAUUAAUAGGAAUUUUUUAUUUUAUGUAGAUGUGGAUACUGAUGACUGAUAGGGAUUUUUUAAAAUUUCAUUUUAGUGUUUUAUUAUUUAGGUUACUGUGUGUGAAUAUUUUAGAGAUAUGAAAUGCUCUCAACAAAUCGAGAAAAUGGCAGAACAAGAACAGAAAAUUCUCUAGUAUCCAGGAUGAAGACAGGCCCAUUUAUUAUCUCGACUAUGAUUCCAAUGUUUCUGAGAAGCAGUCUUUGUCCUCAUGAACACUGGAAUGUCUUCUUGUAUGUAAUUCAGCCCACUAAAUGCUAUUGACAGAGCAUGUAGCUUGAUGGACGCUGACCCCAACCAGCUCUAAUGUGCGUUUCGAUUGAGCAAGUCUGUGCUGUCAGUGCCAUUUGAGCUUGUCUUAAUCUCUUUCUCAUCCUAAGAAACCAAACUGAUGUCUAAAUCUCUCUUUAAUUUUGUGUGUGUCUGUACAUAUUUGAUGUACUAGUAUUAAUAUAACUUUUAUUGUACAUGCAUUUGUAUAUUUGUUUUGCCAAUAAUAACAAUAUAAACAGCUGUAUGGAUUUUCUGACACAACCCAUUGCAUUUUAAUUUAACCCCACCAACCCCCCUCUCUCCACUUAUUGACCAAACUACUACUUGGAGCUUCAAACUACAUUUUUGAGAGCUGAAAACUACCCUGACACUAACCUUGGGGUUAACAGGUCUGCUUUAUUUCAGAUGGUGACCCCCACAUAAAUCCCUUCACAAUCUCAUUUAAGGUCACCUCCCAUGGGCUGGAAACAUGUGCUGUAGUAACUUUAUUAUCCCAGAUUUUAUGUGUCAAACUACUGUACCUUAAGAUUAUGGAGUGCUUUUUUAGUUUCCAAAAUCGACAUAGUAAGCCAUUUACAGAUACAUGUAUGACAUUUUUAAUUGUUUUUUAUUCAAAACCAACCCCAUGUUACAAAUUAUUCAAAACAUUUGUUUGUAAAAUAAUUAAAGCCAGAUUGGAAACCAGAAUAUUGUAACCUGUAAAGAAUGCAAAGCGCAUAAAAUUAUGGGAUUUUUCUACAUAUUACCUAGUUUUUCAUUACUAGGGAUAAGAAGUGCAAAAUGAAGCAACUAGUAGCAAGUGACCAUCUCUCAACCAACCUUUAAAUUGUUUUUUAUUCAUUAAUGGACAUUUAACAAUUUAAAAACUAAAAACAAUUACCCUUUUUACUUUUAUUGUUAAAUUCAGUUUAAAAUAUACUUUUAAUUAAAUGCAAAAAAACUUUGUUACCAUUUCCUUGGAUAAGUCCCCAAAAAAACCAGGGAAGUGAGAAACCCUAGUUGGCUCUAUGGAUCUUUCCAUGAGUUGAAUUUUAAUUUUUAAAAACAAAUGGAAAAUUUUAUUUUAAUAUAUUCAAUAUUAACUCUCUGCAGUCAGACGUUAUUUAUUUUUUACAAUUUGUUAAAAAUAUUAAAUGAUCUCAUCUGCAAUAGCUCUGAUCUGAUCAGUUAUAUUUAUCAACUUGUUCAUCUUUGACUCAGCUAUCAUUUAAUAUUUUUUGUAUAUUUUAUUAUCUUUGUUAUAAAAAUAAUCAAAAUAAAAUGGUAGAAUUAUUUUGAUAUUAAUGCCCAAUACGAUGUAUUCCUCACUAAUCUGAUCUAUCUUUUCCCAUAUGCCGGUAUUUUUAUAUAUCUUUGUUAUAAUCCUCACAUAACACAGCCAACAAACUACAGUAUUCCUAAAUUAUAUUUAUUAUUUAUGGAUACUGAACAAGUAUUUCUUAAAACUAGUAUGCAUUUUUAUUAUUAUAAUUGUAAUACACAAAUAACAGCUUGUCCUGGGCUUGAUUUUCACAUAAGAGUAGGUAACAUUUUUCAACACAGAACAUUAACUCAGAAAGAACCUGUGAAAUAAAAAUUUGAUUGAUUCAUAAAUAAAAUGAACACUAAUGGUAUCAGUAAUGGUAUGCUAUCAGUAAGGGAAAAAUACCAUUAAUCCUAGUCCAAAUGCCUAAAUUAGUAUAAAAUUAAACCAUUGUACAUUGAAAAUACAUUACAAAAAAUGUUAUAACCAAAUUGUGAUUUUAUUCUUUAUACAUCUUGCUAUCAAGUGAUUAGAUAUAAACUUACCACCAGUUGUUUUUAGGGUAAAAUCUUCAAAGAUAUUCAUCCUGUAACUCUGUUACACAGUAAAAGGUUGGAGUACGGGCUUAAUAUUUAGCAUGAAUAAGGAAUAAAGCCUUCUUGAUCCAAUAUCUGCAUAUUUUUUUUCUCUCUCCUCCUUCCCAUUGGAGUCAAUGAGCUUUUAAUAAAAGUAUAAAUGUUUUGUUUUUUUAUUCUGUCUUGUAGUCUCUACUAAUAUGAGUGACUAGCGAUAAUGAUAAUUAAAUUUAAACACAUUUCUACUAUGCAAUAUUAGAAAAAUUAGAAGACGAUUCAUAGCAGUAACAUAUCUAAAAGAAAUAUAUUUAGUUAAUAACUCAGAAGUACUUUUAACUUAACAUUUAUUUUAAUUAUGCAAGUUCCCAUCAGCCGGAGUUUUCCCGCUAUUUUUAGAAAAUAUUUAUCUCUCAUAGUCAAGCUAUUUCUUAAUUAUAAAAUUAUUGAAACUCAGUAAAAUUCAAAUAAAAUCUAUCAAAAUAAGUGUAAAUGGAUAAAAUAUACUUCAGCCAAUUAAAAUUAUAAAAAUAUGAAUUCAUUGUUUUAUUAUGAAUUUUGAAGUCGGGAAAUGAUCAUUAAAAUUAAGCUUACUUGUUUACAAUAGCAUUAGUUGGUACUUUUAUAUGUAAAUCAGGAUAAAUUCCAUGAUCAGAGUCGCCAUUUGAGUACAUUUCUUUAAAUCGUUGAUAAAUUGUAAAAUUAAAAUCAUUUGACCAUAUUAAUAAUAGUAAGUAAUAUUUUAUGACAGUAAUAAUUUUUUUUUUGAAAUCUGUGAAGCUUUCAAGGGAUGCUCCGGGCUGAAUAAGUUUCAAAAAAAAAAAUUUCUAUAGUAAUUUCAAAUUUUGUAAUAAUUUUAAUUUUUUUUAUAUACUUUAACCAAUGAAACAAAUUAUUAAAAUAUAAUAAUUAUUUUUUUAAAUAGAAAUUAAGUUAAAAAAUAAAUAAACCACCCACAAAAUCUAUGAUACUAAUAAAUACCAUUUCUCUAUAGUUGGACUACAGAGAGUUAACUGCAAAUCGCCAGAUUUAGUUUAUGACGCAAAUAAUGCUCAGUAAAGAACGGAAAAGUUAUCAUACACACCUUUCAGGUCCAUUCACUUUCAGUUUUGGGGUUCCACGAAGUGAUUUCAUUCCGAGAAAACUCUUGGCAAAACCUGUACCACUAAAUACACAAUUACCUACAAGGUCAUACCUCUGACUAUAGUUCCAUAUUUUAAAAAGGUUUUAGGGCUUUGAGCCCAUUACUUAUUUGAUACAAAUUUUUCUUGCCCAACAAUUUUUUUUAAAAAUUGAAUACCUUGAAAGUGGGGGAGGGAGCUUCCCUCUUCAGAAAUUAUGCUGACAUGUUCUGUGAUUUAGCGGAGUAAUUCAAUUCAUACACACUAUUGUUAAAUAUUAUUUUUAUCCUUAUGUUGUAUAUAAAUUUUCACUUUCUAGGUACCCUUUUUAUUUUACUAUAAAUAUUUAAUCUUUUAACAGUGUUUACUUAAUCUAAACUGACAUUGCUUCCUGUAACCCAUAAUCAGAAGCUAAGAUAUCAUCAGAUCCUAGUUUUAAAAAUUCAUAUAGCUAAUUUUCAACCAAAUAUGUAAUUUUUCACCAGAAGUUUUGACUCUCCUGCAUUUCAAUGCUUUAGGUCAGGCCUGCACAACAUACGUUGUGGCCCGCGAAGUAACGAAAUAUUCUUUAUUCUUAUUAUUUUCUUAAUAGCUUUCCCUCCUGUCCGAUUUACUUUUGGCCUGCACAAGUUCUGUCCUAUUUUCUUUUGGCCCGUACAAGUUUCUCAUAAAGUAUUACGGCUCGCCUUACAUUUUGAGUUGUGCAGGCCUGCUUCAGGUGAAUCAUUUUGGUAUCUGCUAUGCCUAUAGUAAGCACAUAACUCCAGAAAUCCAAGUGAUAUCAUUUUUAUAACACAACACAAAUUGACUAUUAAAAUAUGUGUGUAUUGUAUGCAGUAGUUAUAAUAGAUGAUAAUUUCUGUACCAAUACAAAAUGAAUUUCUUUUUUUUUUUUUAUUUAAAUUAUUAUUAUUAUACACAAAAGAAAUGUUGUUUAUUAGGAAAGCUGCUAAUUUUUGUUUCUUUUAAAAUUAUAUAUUUUCUUUAGGCCAAACAAGCUUUGAUGAAAGUACAUUAAGCCAGUAAAUUAAAAGUGUUGGAUAAAAGCAAAACAUUUAUCUAACUAUAACUAUUUUUAUUUCAGGCUUCUGCUAUUGACAAAGAAACAAAAGGAUCUUGUCCAAUCUGUCAACAAUUCUUUAUGAUAACUUGUCUUUUGGGAGAAAAUCAGGAUGAUAUAGACUUUAAAGUUUUCACAGUGCAGGCGGAUUGCCCACCAAAGAAUUUUGCUGCUGGUUGGAGCAAAAAAUACCCUGUCAUCAUGGUAAACUCUGGUCGUAACAAGAUGGGCCAAGACAUUAGUGGAAUGAUGUAUGAUACAUUCGAAGAGCUGGAACUCUUCUUUGAGAGUAUAAACAGAGAGUGUCCAGAAUUGAAAAGAAAAAAUGCCCCAAAUCAGGCUGCUAUGCAAGUUGUUGAGAAUGUGUAUAAGGUAAGAUUCACUAUUUUCCUUCUGUUUAUGUUAAAAUAUUGUUACUGUUUUUUCCUUCUGUUUAUGUUAAAAUAUUGUUACUGUUUAUCUGCUUAACCCUCUCCUGCUCAAGUUCUCACACUUAUAACAUAAAAAGUAUUCAAAGUCAUUAUUUACAGUUGAACCAGCACUAAUAAGCAUUCUUAUAAUAAUAAUAACACUGAACUGCACUCAUUUAUAUUAAAUAUCUAAUUGGCAAGCUGCUUUGCUUCAAAAGUUGCAUCAGUAAGUAGACAUCAGCACGUUGCAACAUCAUUGAAAAUUUUGAGGCUAGCAUACUGCAAAAGGUAGAAAACUGAUACAAAUAGAAAAGGACUCGCUGCACUGAGACAAAAGAGACCAGAAAUUCAUUUCUCACUGGAAAUUACAUAAAAGUGUGACAUUUUUUCCAUCCAUUGUAACACACUGUAUACUGCCCUCUUUACUAUCUCUAUAUAGUUUGUGUUGUUUUUUUUUAAAUAAAAAGAAAUGAGAUAAAAAUUGAACAGCCCUGUGCAAUCUCUUUUUAAAAAUGGUGUUUUUAAAAAUAAACAACUACAGUAGUCAAACAAUAAAUGCUUUUUAGGGUCACAUAUAUAUUUUUUAUGUUUAAUACCCAUUCGUUAAUUUUAAUGUUCUGUCUUUUAUUUUGGUUUCUUUUUUUUCUUUUUUUAACUUAAUUACAUAAAAUUAAGAUAUGUUAUUUGUAUACAUAUUUUAAAAUUAAAUAUUUGCUAGGGGAAGAGGUCUAGAUAAAUGUACAAGUCUCCAAGAUCUAUACCAAUCAUGGAAGCUUUAAUUCAUUGCUGUCAUAAUUUCAAAAUAUAUAUAUAAAGGUAUUUAAAUUAGAAGAGGCCAGAAAGAAUCAUUUUAACAUAAAUAAAAUAUAUUAAUGGCUUUAUUUUGGGAAUUUUAGUUUUAAAUGGUUUGGUUCAUAUCUCUGGUUACUACAGAGCUUAAAGUUGGUUACAAGUUUAACCUCAAUAGGCAUUUUAAUCUAUUCAAUACUGUAGUGAUGCAUAUUAUUAUGGAACCAUAACUUCUGUUGCGAUGUAACAUGUCCUUAAGAACAGUGCGAUAUUGGAGUAAAUCAUGGUCAGAUUAGAAGGGUGAAUUCUUUAGGGCAUCCAAUCACCCAGAUUGUGCACACUUUAUUUUGAGAAAAUGGAGUAAUUGAAAAUUAUCUGCCAGUAUUAAAUACAAAACUGUUUUGUCAUGUACUUACUUUUAAGUCCUUUUAAUUGUGAGCUAAGUUUGCAAAAUGGAACCAAAACUUUAAAGGUAUAGUAAUGUCUUUAGUUAUCAUGUGCUGACUGGUACACCAUUAAAAAUGUGCAUCUAUAGAGGAGAGAAUGAAAUUAAUAGGUCAUUGCAACUGUUAAACCAAUGGUCUUGAAAUGUCCUAGAAAGGAUGAGUCAAUCAGUCAUUGACCUUCAGUGAGUGAAUAACAAUUAUUGGAGAAAAUUUGUUGCUGGAUUAUGUUUUGUGAAAGAUGAAGUCAUAAAUCGGCAGUCAUAUCUACUCUUGAAUAUUAAAACCAUACAAUAGCCAUGAUUUUUUUUUUAAAUUGCAUGAUUAUUUAUUUUUUUAAAAGCUAAGUUACUAAGUUAGUGAUGAUUUCAACAGACAUGUAUCAGAUCAUCUGCAUUUCAACCUGCAUUGAACCAUGUUGAAAUGUUAUAACACAAUUAAGGGCUAACUAUCCUAAAGUUAUAUUUAAACCCAGCUUCUCUUUGAUGAUCAGCCUUGGAUUUACCUUGUAAUCCUUACUGUAAAAUUUGGGUUUAGCUUCUUCAAUUAAAGUUAUGGGGUCCUGUUCUCAUAUUUUGUGGCAAACUAAUUUAUUCUUUCAUGGCAUGGCUAAACAGAAAAUUUACUGAAAGACCAUACAUUCAUUGACUAUUAAGGACUGCAGUACUCCAAGUUAUUAGUCCUGUUGUACAUUCACAUGUACUACCAGUAAAUGGGAUAGGAAAAUCUGAAGCUAGCUAUCUUUAAGAAACAUGUCACAUUAAAAAUUCAAGUGCUAACCAAAAUGUCUUCCUGAGUAAGUAAAACUGAUUUAUGUCCUUCACAAUCAGGGUCAGGUAUGCUGUUUUAAGAAGGUCUGAAAGAUAUUGGGCACCUUUUUUAAUUGAAUCUGAUAGUGAUAAGAUAUGGGAUGGGAACUUCUAUGAUAAAUAUGAUUUUGUCUAUUAAACUGUUUAAUUAUAGGACAAUUUCAUAAGGUGUCAGAUAAAAUCCUACUUAUCUAUAUGCCUGACCCUUUCACACGGAUGACUUUUGAGAAGUUAAUAAAAAUCAAGAUAAGGGACAUAUUUAUUUAUAAACAGAGUAUGGAUUUUUCUUUGCUAUUUAGAGUUAUUUAUUUUUAACAAAAUAUUAAAUAUUGGUGGUGUAAGAAAUGCUGGAUCAUUUUUUUACUUGUUCAAUUUUUUAAACAAUUUAGUAAUAUUUCUACACUUGACUAUUAAAACCAUACAAUGGCCAUGAUUUUUAAAAAAAAUUGCACAUUUAUAAAUAAGGCUAAAGUUAGUGAAAAUUUCAACAGACAUGUAUCAGAUGAUGAAAAUUUUAUCAAUUAUCCUUUGAACCAUGUUGAAAUUUUAUGACACAAUUAAGGGCUAGCUAACCCAGAGUUAUAUUUAGACCCAGCUUCUCUUUGAUUAUCCACCUGGGAUUUGCCUUUUAAUUUGGGAUUAGCAUUCUUUUUAUUAAAAGUUAAGCAUUGGUCAAAUAAAGUUAAAAUUCACCUGGGGAAAAAAGUUACGUUAACAAAAUUAAGUUUUAAUAUUAUGGAUAAUUAUUUUAUUUGUAGUUGGUGCUUUUUUUUUUAAGAUGUAUUUUUUUUUGUGUUAAUUCUUGACAUCUAAAUUAUUUUACGGGUCAUAUUAUAUUAUGUCAGCUGCUGGAAAAAGAGCUUCUAAUAUGUUGUAACUUAGUAACUACUUGUCUGUUGCCAACACCGCUCAAGAAUGACACACUUUCUAGUAUUAGUAUUGACCUGUUAAUUUACUCCAGAAUCAUUUACAGAAUGCCACUUGGGUUGUGCAGAAGCAGGGGUGCAAACAUAAGUCUCAAAUGAUGGCAUGCAUCAAUCAUUGCCCUAUAUUAGACUGCAGUCACCAAGUGUGCUCUGAGUCAUUCACACACACAAGACAAACACAGGUGGUAGUGGUACAUUUGAGACCCCACCCCCCCAGCAGGCAGGGAAUUUCUGGGGGGACUUCAAGUUGUCAUCCAUUGUAGUUGCUGGGUCCUGGUGACAACAUAGCAGUAGCAGAGGGGGGAGGUGGGAAGAGUAUGUCACUCAAAGUAGUAAACAGACAUUAUAUGACAUAAGCAGGAGAGUGGGUGGGGUGUUAAUGGGCUGAAUUGCAUUAAAAGCUGUAGAGGGAAAUGUAUGGCUGAGGCAUAUGUAUGGGACCCAUUUGUUUCUAGGCCUAGUGUGUAGGCAUACCCUUUGUUCCCUUACAGGACUUGAGCUAACCAUGAAUCAUGAACAUGGAUGAGUAGUUCCCCUAGACAGUUACUAGAAAUUUAUUUUGAAAUGUAAGGCCUUAGUAAGUGCAUUUUUAAAAAAAAGGGUAAUUUAAAUAAUAUAUAUUUAUAUAAAUAUUAUUAUUUUUUUUUAGGGGUCCAAACUAAUGUCCAUAUUGUGUUUACAAGUGUAUAUUGUGUUUGCAUGGUUGUAUGUUUACAAAUAUAUCCUAUUAUCAUAAGUAUACUACAUGCACUGAAGUACAUGUUUGUGUGUUAAAGAUUUUAGGACUGUUACCUGUACCAUGACAAAUGAGAGAAGUGAUGUUAGUUAUUAGUUGCCACUGUAUUAAUAUGAAAUGAUCCAUUACUUUAUUUUUUAAACAAUAGAACGCCUAGUGAAUAUUGCUGGUGAAUAUGGGAUCUUUUUUUAAACCAACAUUAUUUGCUUAUUGUAGUCACUGUAACCAUGCCCUAUUAUACAGGGUGUGUAAUCUGGCCACCUAGUUCUGUAUGAAAUGUUACCACCUAGUUAGGUCUGGUCAGGGGUUUUAUUUGGCUAGGAGCCACUUUGUUAAAUGGGUAAUCUGAGCAAAACAUUACCUGGGAUGUCAUGUUAGUUCUGUCACUGUCAACGGUUACACCUUUCAUUGUUCCCAAUGCCAUUUUGUUGGGUGGUGAUAUGUGAUAUUCACAGUGAUGGAAACCGAUAGAUAGUCCGCAUAGCAUGUAAUCCAUGGGUGCCCAACCAAGUUAGUAUUGGUAUUCAGUGGGAGGGGUCCUCAGUAAGACUAAUUUUUUCACUCUAAUCAUUUUGAAAUAUUUUUAAAAAAUCCAACUUCCCCCAUGAUAUGCUGCUGAAAUUAGAUGAACAGAAUACAGCUUAUUAAAUUAUGAGGGAUUCUCAAAUCUGCUGCUGCAGAAAAACAAAAAAUUAAAUGUUCAGUUCAAUUGGCUAAUGCAGUAAUAGAAGGUAUCAGGAAGAAUAUGAAAUGGAAUAAUAGACCCAUGCCAUAUUGCACACAAAUAUUCUUUGUUUUAGCGGACUUGUUGAAACAUUGAAGGUUGAAGGGUUUUAAGUAGUAAGAGUAAGGGAUGACCUUGUUUCAGUUUUUUUAAUUUUUCACUAUUGGUUGACCCUGAUGAUUUAUAUAAAUUCCAAGUUGUUUUGAUGAAUAUGGUUAUGGAUAUUUAUUAGACCCGAGUUGAGUGAGGUACUGUGUAUCUAAGCCUUAUUCAACUCCAAUAGCCAAUAACUUUUAGUUUUUAUGGAAAUUCUCUCAGUUUUAAGUUGCUACAUUUUUGUAUGCACUAUAAUUAUAAACAGAUCAAUUGACAGAUAUCUCUCCCCUGCAGGAAGUUCAUGUGUUAUGUACUUUAUUGGCUGUCUUGGUUCACUGAUCAUCAGUGUGUGACUAAACUAAGUAGUUAUGCUUCUUGCUUGAGGUUCUCACCUGGUUUAGGCCUGACCAGAUUGUUUGUGGGCCUGGGUUCAUGAACAAUCUAAAAAUGCAUAAUGGAACCACUUAACAAACAUAAAAUAGUGUUACUAGUGGCUACUGGCUUGGUGAUUCUUGAGUUAGUUGAAAUAUAUGGGGGAGAUAAGAGAAUAUCAAGACUAAACUUUUGAAUUGGAUCAUAACUAAACAACCAAAUUUAUUUUUCCAUUCCAUCCAAACCCCAGAAAUUCAAUAUAUUUUUGGGGGGCUAUGUUUAUGGACUGAAGACUAUUUUUUUUCUUUAAUAAAAACAUUGAACACAAUUUCCAUUUAGUCAUUUAUGUACCAUCAAUACCUUACUGAAAUAUCCUUGUCAUAUAUUUAGCAUCUGACAGAUUGUUGGGGUUCUAUUGGAAACUCAGGAAGGGGUGUGGGUCUAAUUACAUCAGACCAUGAUCAUGUUAUUUGUAUUUAAAAGUAAUAGAAAUAUGUCAUUAAAACAUAAAAUAUUCCCUCAUUAUCUUUACAUUUUUAGCCACAGUUUUGGUUACACACAUUUAUAAGUUGCACCAAUUUUUUUUUAAUGUCACCUUUUUAAAGAUGCCAGUAACUUUGUUGGAUUGAAAAGAAACAAUCGCAUGCCAUAAAUGUAAUUUUUCCUAAUUUAGGUUAACCCAGCUUAGUUCAGUAUAUUUUAAAUUAUUUGUAAGGUGAAUCAGGAAAUAAAACAUAAGGCAUUAUUAAGUACCUAAAUGGAAGAAAGUAAUUUCUUGUAUUAGCCUUUGGUAAAAUUUCCAAACUAUUUUACCAAGUUUUCAUUUUGUAAAAUUUGUAUAGAUUGACAGGAUAUAGCUGAAUGGUAAGCUGGCAAGUGGGUGAUUGAAUGGGUUUAUGGAAGCUCAUAGAGGAGGUCUGUGGGGAGGGGGGUGUUAGUGGUUGGAGAGGUUAGUUAGGAGAAAGUAAAGAGGAUGUGAUUUGUGAUUGAUAUAGGUUGGAAUAUAUCUUAUUUCAUCUUAAACUUAUUCUGUGGCAACGUUGAUAUUUAUUUGUCAAUUUUUACGCCAUUUAACUUUGAUUAAUUCUUUAUUCUUUGUUUCAGCACUUUAAUCACUUCAUAUCAGGUCAGUCAGAAAAGGGUCUCAUUGGGGAAUUAAAGAAACUCAAUGAAUACCUGGAAGGCCAAGACACAAAGUUCUUGGUUGACAAUGUACUUUCUUUCUCUGAUUGUCACCUGUUGCCGAGGUUACAGCACAUUCGAGUAGCUGGCAAAGUGAGUUAUUGUAAAUAAGCAAUCAAAUAAAGUUCUAAGUUACAAUGCUUAAGCUAUACGCUAAUAAUUAUAUGAAAUUUAAUAUAUAUAGAAUUAAGCAACCAUUGUGACUUACACCAGCUUUGGAAUAGCUAAUUAGUGAUAAAAUCAUUGAAGCCAAAUGAAAACUGUUUGUUUAACAUAAGGGUGAUAUUUGAUUGAGGGUCCAAGUUUGAAUUGUUUUUAUAUAGGGCUGGAAACAAGGGGAUUAAUUGUGUCUCAGUGAAUUGUGUAUCUUAAAAAUAGUAUACUUUUUCCUUUGGAUGGUCUUUCCAUUAAUUGUAAACUUAUGUUUCUAAUCAAGGCAUAUCGUGACUUUGAGAUCCCUAAAGAAUUUACCUAUGUCUGGAGGUAUCUAAAAAAUGCAUAUGAACAGGAUGCCUUCAAGUCUACAAUGCCUUCUGACCAAGACAUUGUUUUUCACUAUGAAAAGAAAGUUAGUGGUCCUCCCAGGAAAAGGGCAGCCAAACCCACCCUAGAGAAGUUUUCAUACACCACGGAUAUCCCAGAAGGCAUUUUAAAUGGCGUGGACAAUGGCAGUCCGCCAGUGGAAGAGGUCAGUCUGUUUUACUUUUUGCAUCCAUAACAAAUUAUAAUUUACAGCGUGUAUCUGUUCAUUCCAUUGAAAGGCAAUUUGGGGACGGAGAUGGAGGGAGGGGGUAUGAAAUAGAGAAUGCUAACAACAACAGUAGAAGUAUUAUUUUCUUUGCUUCAUAAGCUUUACAUUAUUUCUAUUAUUAUAAAUAAUUUUUAAAGGCUGUAAACAAAUGAUCAACACAAAACAACCUAAAAAAUUUAUUUGAAGGGUGGGCAAAUAAGAAAAAACUUGUGAAACAAUCACUUAUAAAAUGAUUUGGUUUUGAUAUUUAUUUGUGUAGUAUUUUACAAUGGGCCAUUUGGAAUAACUGAUCCAUAAGCUUCCAUGUUGUUAUAGACCCUGUACUGAUUUAUUGCAAUCACAGAAAUAUAUAAAAAGAUUACUUCCUGUCAAACAAAAGAAAAGUUGGGCAUUUAAUGAAAAUAUUAAAAUAGUUGUAUUCUUUAUAAGAAAAUGUUCAAAUUCUUAUUGUAGAUUUUAUAUUCAUGUAUUUCCAUCCACAGCAGAUACAAACCAUUCAUAUUAUAUUCUGUUUAAUAUUGAUGAUAGAUUUCAUCCUGUCGUUCUGUAGAUUUAACAGCUUAUUCAGAUGCCUACUAAUUCUGGUUUUAAAUUUAGAUUUAUACUUUUAAUCUCUUAUGUUGCUGUUCUUUAGAGCUUAAAUAUAUUUGCAGUGAAAGGGAGGGCUUUUAGUUACAUAGUUGGGAAAUGACCUUAAACACUUGCAAUUUAGAUCAUGGGGAAAAUGUUAUUCAUUUUGUUUCUAUGAAUCUUUGAUUAGGUGUUUCAUUUGACUUUGUUUCAGAGUUAAGACCCUUACAAGGUAACCUAUGUCAGCAUACCAUAUGAUUGUUACAAAAAUGUGUAUGCAUAACUUAUUUAUUGUAUUGGGUUAAGGUUCUGUGUAUAAGCUUUUUCUUUUAUUUAUUGAUAUUGUACACAUUCUCAACAGCCCUUAACAGUCAUGCCCUCAAAAAAAAAGUAUCAUUUCUGAUUAAAGUUUUUUGAUUUCAGAUUUAGAUUUAAUCUCCUCCUAAACACUAAUUGUGAAAGUUGUUUGCAAAUGAUCUCAGCAAAGAGAUAGUUAACCUUGAAUGAGGACAUGUUUGAUGCAUAAGUCCAGAGGAUCUGCCUUUUUUGUUUUAUGCAUCAAUUGCUUUACAAAACUAAACUCUCUCAUUGAGACUUUGUGUGAGAAGUCUGGUGGGGACUUAAAAUAAACAAUUUUGAAAAGUAACCAAUGGUCAGUAAGAAAGGUAAUCGAUGUAGGGAUUAGUGAAAGGAAGUCGCUGAUACAUCAGAAGUGACAAACCAACCUUAAAUCAUCAUUAAAGAAUAUAUCCCUUUAUAUAGAAAUUAGAAAUAAAAAAAAUAUAAAAAAAAUUAUUAUUUUUUUAAUUGAAAAAGGCAAGAAACUAAUUUUAAAGAUAUGGUACUAUAUUUUAACAUGGUAUUCUUAUGUUAAAGUCAACUCCUUUUGUUAAAUUUGACCCAUUAGCUAAAAAUCCUUAAUACCUGCCUGAAUCUGGGAAGUUUUAUCCUGAAUAAUGCUACUUAGUUAUUGUAAAUCUUCUGGGCAUGUAUUUUAUUUCCUGACUGAUUGUUCUUCUUUAAUAAGGUUGCUGAUAUGUCUCAUUGAUUCUUGUGAAGACUAAAGCAAGUCUUGCUUACUUAACACUAAAAGAGCUCUUAGAUGAAAGCAAAUAAAUAACCACUUCAAACCCCAGCCUUUACAAAGUGCUCUCAUCUACUGCCUGAGUACAUUAUCCAAUGCUUGGUUCAUACUUUUUAAUGGUUUUUUUUUGUUUUUUGUUGUUUUUUUUGUGGGUUAUUUAAAAUUUCUCAAAUAUUGUUUUAUGUGGUAUAAUUGGACAUGUUUGCUUUAUUAUGAUUGUUUGCUUUUUAUGAUUGUUUCCUUUAUUAUGAUUGUUUGCUUUUUAUGAUUGUUUACUUUAUUAUGAUUGUUUGCUUUAUUAUGAUUGUUUGGUGUUCUAUGAAAUAAUUAUCAAGUCUAAAAAUGGGAAUAACAUUUGUGAUCUGAAGAGAUUGAGUCACAAAGCUAGAGAGAGAGAGAGAGUUCUCUUCAGAUGACUUGCUUUCAGGGGCUCAGCUUUUUGCAGACCUAUUUUUACUUCCUGCUGAUCUCAGUUUAGGAGUGCAUCCAUUACCUGGCAUGCUUGCAUCCCCAUUUGACAGAGGCAACUUAGAUUUCUCCUACCUGAACGUUGACAUUCUAACUUUGAAAUGUUUUUAGCUUUGUUGUGUUGGUAUUCCUUUCCUUUUUUGCUUGUCAUUUUGAUAAUUGCUUGAAUAAAGUCUGUACCAGACUUUUAUUAAUUUAGGUUAUUUCUUACAAAGAUAUGGUUUAGAUCAUUUCCAAUACAAGAAAUAACACUAUUAUUUCAGUACAAGAUUCUCUUUCAUUGUGCUAAUGAAUUAUAAAACAAAUUGUUGGCUUAUUUACUCAAUUAAAUGAACAUUGUAAAUUUGAGUUUUGUUGUAGUUGCUAUAUGGGAUCUAAGUCUUCACUGUGUUACUAUCAUAAUAAUUUAUUCAAAAGUAUUAUUGGUAUUUGUAGUAUUAUAAAGGUAACCAAUGAGAGUUCUAGUGCAUCUGCUAAAAUGGCAUUUAAAUAUUGUUAAAGCAAAAUUUUUCUAUACAAUUAUUAUACAAGUAGCAAAGAAUAGUACAAUAUUGCCAUAUAACAUUAAAAAAAUAGUAAAUUACAACCUUACUCAGCACCUUUGACUAAUGAAAGUGUGCCAUUCACAAAGUGACUAGUAUUAUUAGCCUGUACAAAAGUUAAAUGACAUAUAAUGUAAUAUUGUAUCUCUGAAGUCUGGUAGCAGUAUUUCACAUAGAUCAAAUAAAUAAUUUGCAAUAGGAGUGUUCCAUAUAGCAUUUUUGUGCAUAGAGUUAUGCAUCUUCAUGCACCAUAGAUUUAUGUAGCCUACACCUCAUUAGUAUAGUUCUAUUUAAAAUACACUGGCAGAGAUUAAAUUUAAUUUGUCUAUCAACGCUUAUCAAUAUGUUAUGAACAGUGGUGAGCUUUAGUGAAAUCAUUUAAUUUGUACAUAUUUUUAAAAAUCGUCAAAAAAUUGUUGUAAGAACCCAUUGGAAAUAUAGAUAAUGAUAUAAGAUAUUUAAAAAUUAUUCAGUGUGGUGAACAUGGCAUGGUUUGAGUUUAAAGAAUAAUUAAAUUGCAACAUGCACUUGACAAAAAGGAGAGGGACAGAGUAGGAAUUUAAGACUGAAACAUACAAUACGAGGUAGAGCCACUGAUGUUACGACAUUUGUUAACAUGUUAGAAGCAUUGGCACUGGGGGUGCAGUAUGGCAGUUUCUAAAUGGUCAGUUAAACUGGUGUUGCUACUUAAGUAUAUUUUUGUCAACACUUUAAUUUAAGAUGACACAUUUUACAUGUUCUGUGCAUAUAUUAAUUUGCAGACAGAUCAAUUUUAGCUGCACUUUAUAUCUUUUUUUUAUAUUAAGUUUAUCACAGCUCACCACUGGCUAUGAAUAAAAUCGUACCCCAAAAUCACAUGGGAUUACUAAUAUGUAUUCAAUUAUUUAUAAAAAGUUAUUUUUGGGUUCUAUGAUAACAUAUACAAAAUUUGUUCUCUUUGAUUCAGCUACUGCUAAAUAUCAUACACUGCUUAUUAUUGUCAUGAAUUAAAUCUAAUGAAAAAUAAUUUUAAAAUUUGGAUAUGAAACUUGCAUUACUGAAGCUCCUGAGGUAAUUUCCUGUUUAAAUAUAUUGGGUUUUAGCAAUUGUUGUUGAGUUAUGGGAUAAUAUUGUUGUCAGUUAUGAUUUUAGAUUUUAAAAAGUUAGUUCUUGGCAAACGUGAGAUCUAAUCUCAAGGAGUUUAUUAAUGAAAUUUUCAAAACUGUCUUGGAGGGUGUUUUUUUUUUAAUUAUAACCAGAAGAGAGCAAACAGCGCUGUUCAGUUACAAUUAUUAUAUGCUCUGUUCACAGUGCAAAAAAAAUAAAGACGGUUUUAUGGCUUAAACUAUGUUCUUAAAUUUAUACUUUUUUUCCAGGGAGGGACUACUGUGAGGUGACAUAAAAUGCCAUACAAAUCAAAUAUUUCUUUAGGUACAAGGUGUACUUGCUCAUUUUUAUUUUAAGAUGUUGCAUAUGUUUUCACAUUGCUUGGUGCCAUAAGUCUCUUUUUGUAUCUUCUUAACUUUAAAACUUCUUAAAUGCAUUUUAUUUUAUGUUGACUAAAAGUAUUUUUAAAUUAAAAAGGUUCACCAUUUUAGUUAUUCACAAAAUCACAGGGUGAAAUGCAUGUGCUGUUAUUUAAUCAGUAGAUUCCAGCAAUAUUGAUCAAAUGAUUUUUUUUUUCAUCUAUUAAGAUUUGUUUGGUAAAUUAUAUCAGUUAUUGUAGGAAUCUUUGGGUCUGUAGUUUCACUGAUAAGUGUUCUCUACUCUAAUUAAUUCUCUUGAUGUUUAAUAUCAUGAAAUCUCACAUACUCCAACAUGUACAUAAUAUGCCCUUCUUUAAACUACAAUCAUAUUGUGCUUUCAUUGUUUCUGUAAUCAUUGACUUACUGUUUCUUCAACCCUAUUGUCAAUACCAACCAAGUUUCUCAUUACCAAUCUUGUGUUUUUCACAUAUCCCUUCUUUAUAUUUCAUAAUAUUUUACCUUGGUCAAAUUAUUUCAGAAUUGCUCAUUAGCAAUAGUAAGAAAUUGACCUCUUUAAAAAAAACUAUUGGAGUAGUAUUCUGACAUUAUAUUAGUUUUUAGAAAUGGAACCAUUUGGCAAAGGAUGCAGUCGGUUGUAAUUAUAUAAAUUUGCCUUUUUUCCCUUUUAAUUUUGAAAAAAAAAACAUUUUUUGGAUCCUGAAACUCUUAAAAAGUGUAGUGAAGAUUUUAUGCAUGCAACCCUCAGUGCCCCGUGUAGUUACUUGUGUCUCUAAUCAUUUAUAUCAGAGUUGUAAACGUGAUGUGUUACCAAGAAAACUUUCCAUUAGCUAAUAAUUUAAGAUUUGCUGGGGACUAUAACAUUUUAUAAAUUAAAUCUCAAUUUUCCCCAAAGGGUUUUUAGUUUAGUCAAAACUUUCUCACUAAUAAUUUUAUAUAGAGGGUCAAACCAAAAGAAGUAACUGGAGAUUCUGCUUAUUUAUAGUGGACAUUUAUAAUUUCAUAUUCUAAUGAAGGUUGAAAGUAGUUAUAUACAUUAGUAUGCAUAUUUCAUAUUUCCUUAGUCAACCAUCAAAAUAUUUAUAUUUGUACUAGUAGAAAACUCUCCACCCACCCCAUUGAACCCUUUUCAACCACACUUUCCCCCCUGAUUUUGUAAAAAAAUUCCAAAUUAAUUAGUACUGCCUUCAUGGAGGUAUUAUUUCCCAUUAUUUUCCACCCCGAUGACAUGAAAAAAUCAUUUGAAUGCCAAAAUACUUUUUUUUUUACUUUCCUUGUAUUUCUUUGUUAGUCUUUAUUUAGUGUUUAUCUUUAACAAUUUAGAGGAGAGCAAAUUAUUCAGUUGAUUUUUUAAAUUUUAAUCACAGAAGCAAACUUUGCAGUUAAAUAACACUACUUAGUUUAUCCUUUUUAUUGUUCAGCUACCUACUGCAAGGUUUCAACUUGAUGAGUUCAAUCCUGGCUAAUCACUUCUUUAUCUGUACUUUCAUAUUAUAAUCUCUUCUUUGUACACAUAUCUCUACAAGUAUUUUAUCCAAACAACCAUUUUAAAGGGUUUUUCACUCUGUUGUUUCACUUUUACUGACCUAAAUGAGCUGAUUUAGUUAUUAUACAGACCGCUGUCUUCUGCAUUUAGUUGAGUGUAAAUAUUUAAAUACCUGUCUGUUUACAUUUGGUCAGUAGUUCAUACAGUACAUCUAGACACCUAUUGAGUGUGAGUAAAAUGUCAGAUUUAAAAGUUUACCUAUUGUUUACGCAGGUACCAGAGGAAGAAUUGGCACCACCAUUACCAGAACCAGAGCUUGAACCUGAGACUUGGGUGGAGCCUCCACCACAAACUGAGCUGGAGUAUCUGCCAGAACCUGAACUGGAACCGGCUGAGGAUGCUGAUGAUGGUGCUGCUGAGCCUGCCUCUGAUUAUGCUGGAUUGGAAGACAGUGAAGAUUUUCCAGCUCCUAAUGGAGUUGUGGAUGAUCAUGCGGAAACACAUGGUCAAAGAGAAGAAACAGGAGAAUAAAUUUAUUCUUUGUAUGUUGUUUUUUUUUUCCAGAUUGAACCUUUUUUUUUUUUAUCGGUCUUUAAGAAAAUAUAUUAAUGUGAUAAUACUACAUAGCAAUAGAAUUGUUUGGGAACAUCUUUAUUCUCUGCUGCAUUUAGUGGCGAGUAUGUAAUAGUGAUUCGAUUUGUUUUUCAAGAUAAAUGUUUUUGUAAUUUUAGAAUCAACUUUUUGUCUCUCACAGUCAUGUUACAGUCGGGGCUGCCAACUACCUCUUAAUAUCAGAAGUAGGGACACAACAUAAAAUACCACAGUUUAUAUUUUGCCAAAAGUAUGUGGGUAACAAAUUAUGGCAAUCUCAUUAUACAACUUUAAGAAUAUUUUUAGUACCAGUUUAUCAAAUGUGAAUAAUGAUUUGGUAUCUGUAAGCUUAUCAUGGGUAUUGUACUUGAGUAAAUAUAUUCUAGUCAUAAAUAAGACGAUGCUAUAUUGGGAGAAAUGAAAGAAAUUCAUGCAACUUUUCAGAUACUUCAAUUUUUUGAAGUUACACUUUGCAGUAAAGUGGGGUCUUUUUUUGGCAGCCUUAGUAACUUGGCUAUUGAGAUGUAUUGCUCUAUUAGCAUGUACUAGUUGAAAAUUUGAAAUAACUGGUGGGAGAUGAUGAGAAAUGAUUACUUUAGAUAAGGGAUUAAAGGGAGAAAAAAAAGUGGAGACCAUCCGUCAAAGUUUAUAUUAGUGUGAUGAUUUUUAAAAUCUAUUUAUGUUAAAACUGGGUUGUUUUUUUUCUCUUUUUAACCAAUACUCCAAUAACCUGUUUGUUUAGUUUGUGAAUUCUUCAUAUACUUUGUCAAUCAUAACUGUGAAUCAGUUUGCUAGAAAUUCUAUGUAAACUUUUAUUUAUCCAGAAAUCAGCUGUUAAUAUUUUAUUUUUCUAAACUUGCCAUAGUGUGCUGAUGGCAAGUUUUGUCCUGAAUAAAGCUGUUUAUGAUGUCAUUGUAGCAACUGUUGUAAGAACUUUUUGGACCGACUUUUUUCAUCCCAACUUUUUUUUUUUUUUUUUGUUUAACAUUUUUUUACCAUAUCUGCUGGUAAUUAUGGAGUAGGAAAUACUGUUACGUUUUUAUAAAAAAUAAUGAUCUUGUUUGUGAUUGGGGUAUAUUUUGUAGCAACUGUUGUAAGAACUUUUUGGACCGACUUUUUUCAUCCCAACUUUUUUUUUUUUUUUUGUUUAACAUUUUUUUAACAUAUCUGCUGGUAAUUAUGGAGUAGGAAAUACUGUUACGUUUUUAUAAAAAAUAAUGAUCUUGUUUGUGAUUGGGGUAUAUUGAUGUUGAUAAAUGUUAAAGUUUUUGUAAAGGGUGGGGUGAUUAUAGAUGAAAAGAGAAUAAUAAAGCUUUGAGGCUAAUGUAGUUUUUUAGAAAAAUUUUGGUAACUAGUCAUUUUAAGACUUGAGGUAAAAUUAAAAUAGCGCCACCCCAUUCCCUGGUUAACAGGUGCCUCAUUUGUUGUUGUGAACAGGGCCCCACUCCGGUAGUUACAUUCUUGAUUUGAUUCAGUCCCAGUGAACUCUAUCGUUUUUUAUUUGUUUUAUUAUAAUCAUUUUCACACUCAAUUGUUUGUCAUACUCUUUGGUUUGGUGUUUUUAUUUUAUCAAACUUUAAACUGGGACCUAAAAAUUAUACAUCACCUGCUCAGAAACAAUGAUUUUUUUACUUGUUAUUUUAAAAUGUUUUUUUUUUAAAUUCAAAAUUAAAUGUUCACACUUUGAUAUAUGAAAACCAGUUGAUGAGCGGCUUAUCUCUUUUUAGCAGUUGAAUUAGAGUUAGCAUAUUUACUUAGAGCAGUAAAAUGUCAAACUUGCCCAUGUUUUUGUACUUUCUUGUGCAAUGAGUUAAGCUAGAAAAAGUGAAAAAAAUCUACAAUGUUUUGACAUGCUCAUGCAUGUUGUCAGUAGUAGGCAUUCCUUUCACAUUGAUAGGCGUUUUGUCAAAUUUCUGCAGUGGUUCUAUCUCAAGGUGCUGUUCUUGUCAUUAGUUGAAGAACAUAAUUACUGCAUAUUACCAAGAUUCACCCGAGUUGGUGAAAGCCUGGUUGACGUUGGUCUGGCAGGCCUAGUUGAUGAAGUUCAAAGGAAUGGUUUAAAUGGAGGGAAAAUGUGAGCUUGGUUUUUUUGCAUAAGCAAUCAGCACGAAUGAUAGAAUUUAUAUCAUACAUGUCCUUGUCCAAGCUUUUUAUUGGCUAUUUUUAUAUAUAUUUAUAUAUAUAUAUAUAUAUAUAUCUAACAUGAAUAAAUGUACAAUUUUAUUUUCAUUGAGAUUUUGAAAAGGAAUAUGAUAUAAUAGCCCUCUCAAUGCAUAUUCAUUGUGUAACCUUGGUUUGCUUUGUGCCAAAAUAAACUGCAAAAGCUUGAUUCUAUUAGGACUGUACUACUGGAACCAAAUAAUUUUUUUUAAAGUUCCAUUACUUCAAUGUGGAGUUUUCAAAUAGGUUGUUAAACUGGUUCACAUUUAUAUCAAAAGUAGUUUCAAUGCCGUGGCAUUUUUGGGAAUUUUUCUUUUAGAAUUUCAAACCAUAAAAUUCAAUUUAGUCAUUAGUAAAUGAUCAAACUGAUUGUAACUGGAAAAUUUGGCUGUUACAUCUGUAAAACUGGCACAUAUUUGUUUUGACACAUCAUUACUGUACUCAAGUUGUUUCAGAAAUAUUUAUGUCAAAAAUUCGAUUGGCUCCAUCCCUUAAACAUUGAUUGGCUGUUGCAGUACAUUAGCCAUUUAGAUAAAAAUAGAUGUCAAUUAGUAGCUGAGUGAGUUUGAAAGAUCUGAAAUUUAAAAAUAAUGUAACCUUAAAACGUAUUCACUACCAGUACCAUAUUCUAUAAAUGAUUUAUGACAAAAAUUUGAUGUUUAACAAUAAACAAAAUGCAAAGCAUUUCAGGCACAUUCAACUUAAUAAAACAUAUUUGUUUUUUCAGCUUUCUCUCUGUUGAUACCUCCCUAUUCUGGACAUUUAUUUUCACUAUAUUGGUUAGGCUGUCUUUUAUAGAUUUGUUCCCCUUCAUAACAUAUGUAUGGAAGUUUAGAACGAUUUUUUUUUAUUGUUGACAAAAAAUUUGAGCUUUUGCAUUCAAAAUCAAAUAAAUUGUGAGUUUUAGAAUGUGUGAAUGGAAAUGGAUGAUAAAUUGAGUGGAUCUUGUAAUAAGUAAGAUCUUUAUUAUUUCCCUUGUAUAACCACAGAGGCUUUCUUAUUAACAUUAUUAUUUAUAAUUAUAUAGCUGUAAUGUCAUCUUUUGAUUUUUCAUCCUAGAAAAUGUUCUGUGGUAAGUUCCUUACAAAGGAAACCAUCUCAAAAGCUACUGAAACUAUUUUAGACUAAAUAAAGUAAGUUAUAACUGCAUCAGCUUUAUAUUCUUUCUUACAAUUUGGAAUGUUCAAAACUUUAAUAUAUUGAUAAGAUAAAGAACCUGCACUAAAUUUAGGGGAAAACUAACUAUUUCAAAUGGGAAAACUUUUGGUUUUAAAGCAUGAUUAAGCUUUUUAAAAAAAUGACAUAUUUCACCAUUGUAUCAAAAUGUCUGAUUUUGACUUAAACGUCAUUACAUCUAAUUAUAAAAAUUUCAUCAAGGUCUCC